AUGACGGAGAACGGAUUUAUUGCGAAGGAGAAUCCUUCUUUCCAGAAUGCUGCUUCAUCGGUUAGUCAUCAAAAAGUAGGCUCCAUUUUUUUAACUUCCAAUAUAUGUGUCCACUAGAAGGUCGGAAAGAUGGCCUUUCUUGUGUUUGAUUCUAGGGGUUCAAUAAACCUUUUUCUUGUGGAAUAUUUCCAUCAUACCUAAAGGUGGCCGAUAUUGGAAUAUAAAUGAUUGUUCAAUUUAAUUGCAUGAAAUAAGCGCAUUAGAGUUGCAUGAAUACGGCGUUUAAGGCGUGAGUCAUGAAUACAAACCUCAUUGAUUGAUGCUCACAUCGUUUAUACAAAUGAAAGAGUUUUUUUACUUAUCCUAGAUAUUCUGAUCUCUUUCAUAAAUGACAUUAUUCGCUCGUAUGAGGCUCGUUUUUCAAAGUAUUCAACUAUUUGGAACUAGUCUUUAGUCAUCAGAAGGGUAUUAUCUUCGCAAGAAAAAUUCAUCAAUAUUUUUAUGAAUUAUUUGGAUGCUAAUUCUAGAGGAGAAUCAUGUAAAUAAUUUUCUUUUAUAUUUUGUUUAUUUUUAACCAGGUUCUUUGGAUUUUUUCAGUAUUGAUAUACACUCGAUGAUCUGAGUGCGUUGUGCUAUCUGAAUAACUAUCAAGACUUCUGACUAUUUCUCUUUCCAUUUGAAAACAAGGAUACAUCCAUUGGAUGAGCAAAUAAAUUACAUAAUAUUCCAUUUUUUAUAAUCAUAGAUUUUAUUCUGAGUUUUUUUUCAGUCAAUUUCAUUGUGCACUUACAUUUAAAAAUGCAAUAUUUUCGUGGGCUUGUAAGACUAACAAACUGUACAAAGAAUUUUGAGUUGCUCGUUGCAUGAAGAAGUUUCGCACGACUUUAACUCCACUGUUGAUCUCAAAAUGAAUGUGUUUGAAAAUACACCAUUGUGCAAAUAUCCCGCAUUUUAACGGCAAAUCUUAUCAUAUUUCCAUUCUCCCUUUACUGCAAUGUUUAUUAUCUGCGGCCUCGAGUACAUAGGCAUGAAAUUUUUAGCGGACAUUUUUAUUACGUAUUUGACACAAAUGGUAAAUAUUCAUGGUGUGUAUUACAUGAGUCCUAUUUUUCCAAAAUGAGGCAAUAGGGCUGAUGCAUCACAUUGUAUUAUCAUUUGAAUAGACCUGAUGGUUCAUGUUAGGUCACUAGCAUGGUUGUGUUUUUUCCUGAUAUUUUAAUUAGGCUACAGUUUUAUCCUCUUCGGGAAGAGUUUUUGAUCCUCCUGUGCGGAUCUUUGCAAGAGGCUUCGUUCCAAAUGUGCAUUUUUUUCAUUUCAGCUGAUAUUCUUUUACUAGACAUCGAAAGACAUUGAUAUGAUAGAAAGAUCGGUGACAGUUACCAUGUGAUAAUCAUUUUUCAAAGAUGGUAUCUGAGGAAAACUAUUUGCGUUGUAACCUCUUGUUUUAUGUUGUUUGCUCUGUUUAGGAUGAGCCGGGGAAAGUUGCACCAUUGACUUGGAAUCAAAAAAUAAAUAGCUCUGAAAAAGUUAUUCCCGAGUUUACUGUGACGCCACUUGAGGCCAUUAAACUGGUAACUGUUCAGUCUUAAAUGACGUAUCAAAAUAUCUUUUAUCAUGUCAGUUUAAAUCUGAUUUCCUUUAUUUUUGAAUGAAAUUUUUCUGUCACCCUGAAGAAUCCGUUAGGUAUUUUUCUGUAUCUCCCUUUUGCGGAAAAAAAAUAAACAUUGUCGUAUAAGACCUCCUGCAUUCUUUCUUUGUCUAAUCCCUGAAGAAUCCUUUCUUCAUGCUAGUGAAGUAGAUUUCAUUAAAUUAUAGUAGAUCCAUUAAGACUCUAGGCUGAUUGCUUUUGCAGAAGAGACAGCUAUCAACUCGGAUAGAUUUAUUCAUGAUUGGUAUCAUAGAGGAGUGAAUUUAGAAAAUAAAAUAUAGCGCCAAUUGGAUGUAACACAAGAUGGGACUGUAUUGCACUCAGGCCUAUAGAGGUCGUAAUGUGGAAGAGGAUGUGUCCAAGAGAUGCCUGAUGGUUCUUGUAGGUCGAGUGAAAAAACUGUGGCUCUUCUAGAAAGGAUGUCGUAAUUUUAUUUUGCAUUACCCGAAUUCAUGUAAUUCUUCUUUUAACAUAGCUUGCCAAACAUGGGGAUAGCACCAAUUUAUUUCAUCGAUAAAUGAUAUCAAACUGUAAGUCAGACGGGGGUGGAUGACUUCUAUUUGUGAUCUUUGUGUCGUCCUAGUAAGCCUUUUAACCCCUAGAAGAUAAUUAGAAAUCUAAUCAUAGGUGUUAGUGAAAUUACUUGUUAUUCACACCGCCCUCAUCUGAUCAAAAUACAGCUAACUUCAGUUCUGGAAAGUGAACGUUCCUAUGGUUCAGAUCUGUGAAAAGAAAAUAUGGUAAAAACAUAAAAUUUUAAACUGCAUAUUUAAACUUCCAUGCGUCUACUUACAUAUUUGACUUAAAAUUUUGAUUUUCCGCGUAAAUCUGUAGUUUCAUCGUCAUUAUAGUUACAGAAACGCUUGAAGAAUGGGUCAGGCUGAUUCAUUUAUUUUGAUAUCCUUCAAUAACUAUUAGAACGUGGUGAUUAUAGAUUCGUAUUGUCAUUCCUUAUUUUGGUACAAAAUAUCACGCUGGUUGUCUAUUCGUCCUUCUUGUACUUGAUGAGCCCUGAACUUUCUAACAUGUUUCCUUGAGUUUUAUGAAAGUCCUCUUUAGGUUUCAGAUUAUUUUGCCAAGUGGUCGAAGAAAUUUCCAAAGGACGGGUGAGGUUUUCUUUCGUGAAAUGUUCCUCUGUCAUGGGAUUUUUUUUCGUUAAAAAACCAUUGUCCUAAACAAAUUUUUUCAUGCUUUCAUUCUUACAGAGUGCAGUAAUAGAUCCUUUCACGCCGAAUAGCUACACUUCUUCUCAAGGUGUUCCCCUGGGCGGUAUAGGGUAAUGCUUAUCUGCUUCGUCAAAUUUUAAUCUUCUUUUACAUUUUCUUUUUUUACAAAAUUAUUCUGCUAUAAACAAUUAAAUAUGGACUGUUGGUUAACUAUGCACCCUUUACUGAGGGAAAUCAUUUCUUUCUGUCAUGUAUUUAUUGAGGAUUAUUGUUGUGAAAAAAUUGAAGAAGAAUAUAAUGUUUCCCGGUUGCUUAUUGUUGGAAAUGAAGAAACGACCUCUGUCACGGAGGACAGAGGGGAGAACGGCGGAAAACCACCUCACCCAUUCAUUCAUCCAAAAUGUCCCUUAAAUAGGGACGAACCCUACAUGCACUUUCCAUAAGACCCUUAGUCAUUUACAAUAUUACACGUAUAUAUUCUAACACUUAUUCGCGAUAUCAUGAUCAUAAACUGUCACGGAGGGGAAGGGUUCAGCAACAUUUCGGGUUAUACUAUAUAUUCUGAUUGCCAACUUCAAGAGCUUCAGGCACAAUCUUGAUGCACAAAAUUACCUUUAAUUUUCGAUUUUAGUCAUUAAAAGUAAGCAUAUCAAGGUGAUAUGUUUAGCCUCUAUAGUUUCAUUCUCUGUGUUUAAAAAGUUGUGAUGAAUUUUAGGAUAAAUUAGAAGUAAUCGCCUCAUUUCCUUGGAAGUACGGAUUUAGUGGUCAUAAUUAUGUAUUAUGACUAAUCUACCGUGUUGAAUUGGUUCUUCCUAUGCUGACAAUUUGGUUCAUGAUAUCUUGGUCUAACAUCAAGGAAAGAAGGACAUUCUGCUUUUCUUUGCUUUGGAAUUCUGAAAAUUAUCCAUACCAGCGUGUAUGAUUACAUUAAAGAUAAAGAACAACGCUUUAUUUCCUUUGUGAAGAUAUAAAAUUAUUUUAUUUCGGGUAGAAAUUUCAAUUAAUGGCGAAUUAGCUCUUCGGCAUUAACUCCUUGCAUAAUUAUUCGUUUCAUUUCCUCAAGCCACAGAUAAUUCUUUUUUUAACUAGAUUAUUGGGGCAGAAAUGUUUUUCGGAUGUUAUGUCCAUUGAUUCAAUAAAUUAAACUGCAUUAAGAUUAACUCCGUGUAAUUAUAUCUUCAAUGGAAAUUUUCAAUCUGAAGAGCUGGAAGCAUCGGAAGAAGCUAUAAAGGUCAUUUUCAACGCUGGCAAUUGUUCCCCGGAGUGCGUGAAGAAGAACCUGUGUUGGCAGAUCAGUUUUCUGUAAGUCGUGUACUUAUUAUUUGGAGCAUACGCAGUAUUACCAUGAUAAGCACUAUGGUUUUGCUCUUUUGAUGAUUAUAAUACGACGAAAUUAAGUUUAUAAAAUAUGUGGUAGAAGGGACUAAUAUUUUCUUAGAACUGAACAUUCUGGCAUUGGAAUAGCUGACUGAAAUAGGCCUCCAAGUUUGUUAUUUCUGUCGAAAUUUACUUCUCCAGCUGCACUUUCUAGGAAAGCUUCAAAAUUCUGGAAAACUUUUACCUUUUAAUCUUUGACGGACUCGAAGAUUUAAUAACUGAUGAUUGGAAGAGUCUCUUUCUGGAGGACAGGGUCUUUCAAUGAAGAAAAAUUGAGGUUCUUUAACCUGGUCAAAAUCACGACUGGAGUUUAACCUUAAAAAAACCAUUUUUCAGCACAGACAUUUUGAGCACGGUCGCCACCUUUAUCUUCUGGUGUCCUCAUAAUUUGUCUAAACGUAGUAGUCACACGAACUAUAUUUUGAUCCAUUGCUAUAUAUUAAUGUCUAAACAUUCUUUUCUUAAAGGUAACAUUAUUUUCAUCUAAUAUCGUUUAAAUAAAAUGCAAUUUUACUGCCACGGAAAUUUUCUUUAUAAUUCUAGAGGUGUUAAGCGUUUUCAUCAUGAUAUUAACCUCCUCGUAGGUCUUUGUCUCACGUCCAAAUGGUAAAAAGAGCUCCACUGUUUUAUGCCCAAGGCGUGAAGAUCUACACAAGUAAGCAAGUCUUUAUUCCUUGUUACUGUAGAUUUUAUUUCGGAAAAAAUAAUUAAUUAAAUAUACAAAGCUAGAGUUCUUAUCAUUGGUCCAGCAUCUUAAGUAUCCUUGCUGCGAAAUACACAGACGUAGUGCGACUUCAGGCACGGAAUCCUGGGAUUGGAAUCUAAAUGGUCAUAAUUCCACAUACCAUGCAUUGUUUCCGAGAUCAUGGUCCAUAUAUGAUGGUAAUCAUCUUAACCAUGUAGUUGAAUUGUUACUCUGCAGGCAAUCAAUAAAUUGAUCGUUAAAUUAUUAUUUUUUUUAAUGCAGGAGAACCUGACCCAGAACUUCAAAUAAUAUGCCGUCAGAUUUCCCCCUUCAUUCCCCACAACUAUCAGGAGAGCAGCUACCCUGUUGCAGCAUUUACAUUCACGGUACCAAACAAGGGGGCUCAUUAACGACUUCUGAGUAUUCAGCUUUCAAUUUUUUGAAUGUUUUUUAUUCAUCCAGAUGCUAUUCGUUCUUCCUUAUGCAGCUACAUAAUUCAUCAGAAAGUCCCGCAGACGUCACGCUGCUUUUCACAUGGGUUGUAAGUCUCAGGAUACAUAUUCGUAAAACAUUUAUUUCACAUUUCUACACGAGCAUGCGCUUAUUACCUUGUUAUCCUGAUUAGUUUCUGCAUUUUACAACCUGGAAAGGUUAAGGACCUUGCUUCAUUCAUUGGUUUUCAUGGCUCUUCUCGCAGAACUCUGUGGGAGGGAAAUCUGAGUUCACUGGAGGUCAUUUUAAUUCAAGGAUGAUGUAAGGAUGCUUCGUGAUAAUCCGUGUAGCUUGUAUAUUCUUCCAGUAUUAAAUUGGUCCUUCCUUAUAUUCUGAUACUCAAAUGUUUUAAAAAAUAAAAAUCUAGUGCUGAAGAUGGCGUACAUGGAGUGCUUCUCCACCACAUGUAAGUCGUGGAUGGUUCCUUCAUCCAUGAGCAAGCGCUUGAAAUUUUUCUCCUUUCUCACAUCCCAUCGUGUACGUCGUUCCAGGACUGCAAAUGGGAAGCCCCCGGUAACAUUUGCUAUUGCAGCACAGGAGAUUGCCGAUGUUCACGUCUCCAACUGCCCUCGAUUCUCGAUGAACGCAAGUUCUGAUGGGUUCACUGCAGCGGACAUGUGGAAUGAAGUCAAAGAGGUCUGGUUUUUUCCUAUUUUCUAUUUUCUCUUCUCUCUUUUUAGCCUGUGAUGCCGUUGAGAAUGCUUCCAGUUCCAGCCGUUGUCUUUAGGAUGAACAAUAAGGAAUGAAGAUUCUCGUCUGAAUGCUUUUCUGCAAUACAUUUAUACACUUAGAUAUGGCCGAUGAGAAUUCGAAGUCAACCCGCAGAAGCACUCUUUUUUUUCCCUCUUCAAUCCUCCAUGAUGCUGACUCCAAGUGUAACGUAAUUUUUUUUCUUUGUAUAGCAUCGAUCGUUUGCCCACCGUAAACCCGAUGAAGCGUCGGCCCCAUCCAAACCAGGAGAAUCUAUUGGAGCAGCCGUCUCUGCUUCCGUGACAGUUCCUCCGAAUGAAGUCCGUACUGUUACAUUCUCUCUUGCCUGGUGUUGUCCUGAAGUUUCGUUCCCCGGCGGGAAGACUUAUCAUAGGUCAGUUGAACAUUCUCGACAAGCUCUCUCAGAAAUCCAAGUUCAAAUCCGGCGGCUUAACGCUGAUGUGUGGGUCCAUCGAUGCAGGCGCUAUACGAAGUUCUAUGGAACCCGGGAAGAUGCGGCUGCUAAACUUGCUCAUGAUGCAAUCACCGGUAACCUUCAACAUUCUCUCGCCAUAAUUAGCAAACCAAAACUAUUCACAUCAAAAGGAAAAAUCUGUACGGGAUUUACUGGGUCAUAUUCUGAUUACCUAAAAUAGCUGGAUUGUGGAUGGAGUCUCUGCUUCUUGAUACUGCCCAAGAUUUCUUGAUCGGUGUUUGUGUCCUUUUAAUGCAGAUCACGGCCGUUGGGAGGUCCAAAUUGAUGAAUGGCAAAGGCCUAUUCUGCUGGAUAAGCGUCUUCCUGAAUGGUGAAAAAACCCGAGUGAUGUAAUUAACCAUCAGCUUUUUCAUGAUUUUUGGGCGCAAAAAAAAUUGAAAUUUGAAGGUCCUUUCAGGUACCCAGUGACUCUCUUCAACCAGCUCUACUAUCUUACCGCAGGAGGGACUACCUGGACUGGUACGUACGUUCUAUCCAACCACUGCACUCCUCCGCGGAGCAUGGGUUUCGCUAGUUUGACCUAAAGCGACGUCUUUCUCACGCCGCAGAUGGGUCACCUCCGCUUCAGAGCUUGGUCACGAUCAAGGAGAGGAAGUUCUCCCUCGAUAGAUCCAGUUCAUCUCAUAGAACCCUAACUGACAUCGCCCACCAAAAAGGCGAUACGGCAUCCGACGUGCUCCACAAGAUGACGUCGGUGCUCGAGGAUCUGCACGCAUCUGCUUCAUCUAGUAGUGCCUUCGGAUCAUCUCUGCUCGGUGAUGGAGAGGAGAACAUCGGCCAGUUCCUCUACCUCGAAGGGAUCGAGUACCUCAUGUACAACACCUACGACGUCCACUUCUAUUCAUCCUUCGCGCUGGUUAUGCUGUUCCCCAAGCUCGAGCUCAGCGUCCAGAGGGACUUCGCGGCGGCUGUGAUGAUACAUGAUCCGGAGAAGGUGAAAAGCUUAUAUGACGGGAAGUGGGCCUCUAGGAAGGUCAUCGGCGCAGUUCCUCAUGAUCUUGGAAGCAACGAUCCUUGGUUCGAAAUCAACGCCUAUUCAUUUCACGACACAAGCAGGUGGAAGGAUCUGAACCCUAAAUUUGUUCUUCAAGUUUACAGAGACAUAGUGGCCACCGGUGAUAAGUCAUUUGCGCGAGCUGUCUGGCCGUCCGUCUACACUGCGAUGGCCUACAUGGAGCAGUUUGACAAGGACGGCGACGACAUGAUCGAGAACGAAGGUUUCCCCGAUCAGACGUACGACGUUUGGUCAAGUAAGGGAGUCAGCGCCUACACCGGGGGCCUCUGGUUGGCGGCUCUUCAGGCCGCCUCCGCCAUCGCCGGUGAAGUCGGCGAUGGAGCUUCCGAGGCGUACUUCCGGUAUAAAUUUCAGAGGGCGAAAGCUGUGUACCAAGAGGAGCUGUGGAAUGGCUCCUACUUUAACUACGACAACAGUGGCGGCAAAUUCAGCUCAGCAAUACAGGCGGAUCAGUUGGCCGGCCAAUGGUGGGUACUCCAUCUCCGUAACCUUCAGGUUUUCCUUAGUUCUGCAGAUCAUGAUUCAAAAGGGCAUUUAUUUCUCACAUUUCCCUCCAUUCCAGGUAUGCCCGAGCCUGUGGGCUGCAGACUCUGGUCGACAAGGAAAAAGCACAGACCGCCCUCGACAAGAUAUACCAGUUUAAUGUGUUGAAGAUCAAGGAGGGGAGACGCGGAGCAGUCAACGGAAUGAGACCAGAUGGCACCGUCGACAGGUCAACGAUGCAAUCAAGGGAGAUAUGGCCGGGGGUGACCUUCGGCCUGGCUGCCACCAUGAUCCAGGAAGGCAUGGUGGAGGCGGCCUUCAAAACCGCGGAAGGUGUCUACGAGACCGCAUGGUCGGACAAAGGAUUGGGGUGAGUUGAUAUUUCCCCCCACCAGAGAUCUUCACAUCCCUUUUUCACUAAUAUUUUCCGCCGACUAUUUGGGCAGCUACGCCUUCCAAACUCCUGAAGCGUGGAGCACAGAAGACAGAUUCAGGUCUAUGAGCUACAUGCGGCCCCUCGCCAUCUGGGCCAUGCAGUGGGCGCUGUCGCUACCAGAGAUCACGAGGGAGAAGACGAAGGGGGAAAACACGCGGGAAGAAGCUCCUCCUCCCCUUCAGAGCCUCUCUUUCAAGAGAGUCGCAAGCCUCCUGAAGCUUCCCAAAGAGCCGUCUGCCAGCAUUCUUCAGAUUAUCAUCGACAUAACCUGUCGCAGACGGAGGACGUGA